ACAUACUUCUAUCUAGAAGUAUGUGAUUAUUUCAUGUCGGAGGACCGGGUUAUGUUUUGUAUUUCCUGCAUUUGACACAUAUUUGACAGUUAAUGUUUAAGGUUUACUAUUUAUUGCUAUUUCUUACAUUAUUCAAACUAUCAAUAAUGGCUUGGCGAAGUCACGGGAAAACAAAUGCGGAAUUGGUUCGAAAUUUGAGAGCCAAUGGUAUUAUUCGAAGCGAUGCAGUAGAAAAUGCAAUGCUAGCCGUAGAUAGGGGCAAUUAUUCAAAAAAUAGUCCAUACAUGGAUGCUCCCCAAGGAAUUGGAUUUGCUGUUACAAUAAGUGCACCACAUAUGCACGCCCAUGCUUUGGAACUAUUAAAAAAUAAUUUAAUUCACGGAACAAGAGCGUUAGAUGUGGGCUCAGGAAGUGGAUAUCUUACAGCUUGCAUGGCGAUGAUGUUAGGAGAAAAGGGUAUUGCGGUAGGAAUUGAUCAUAUACCAGAAUUAGUGGAGGUGUCUAAACAAAACAUCCUAAAGGACCAUCCAGAACUUCUAGAAUCAGGUCGAGUGCAACUUUUUGCUGGAGAUGGACGCAAAGGUUAUCCCGAUUUAGGACCUUAUGAUGCCAUUCAUGUUGGUGCUGCAGCACCUACAUUACCCCAACCCCUUGUAGAUCAGUUAAAGGUAGGAGGUAGAUUGAUAGUACCAGUUGGACCUGCUGGUGGAGAUCAACAAUUAGAACAAAUCGAUAAACUGCCCGAUGGGACUGUUAGUCGAAAAACCCUUAUGGGGGUGGUCUACGUACCCUUAACCGACAAAGAACGACAAUGGCCUAGGUUACGUUGACAAGUUUUAGCUGGAAUAUUAUUUAGUAUUUCUGCGUUUCUAAUUUGUUAUAAAUAUUUUCUCAGUGUGUAAUUGGUAAAGUAUCAAAUUUCGUCCAGUGAGCAAUACCUUUCCACUGUAGACCUUUCUAAAAGUAAAUCGGAAGUUUACGAAACAAAGAAUUUCAAUUAAGUUAGGAAAUUAAGCAUUUUUAAUAUGUAUUGCUUUGUUUGAACAUGUGUUUUGGAAGAAAAUCGGUAUAAUUUGACUGCAGACUGAACUCUGCUGCUGACUGCUGUGAACUUUCUUAUACCGUUCGCAAUCCAAUAUUUGCAAAAGUGUUUAGGUAGUUUCGUGGUAAAGCAAUUUUAAUUCUACAGUUGUACCUGAGAGAUCGUAUAAAACUAAAUUAAUAACAUCAAUUAAGCAGCUAAUGGACUUGUUUAGUGAAGUUGAUAGCUGAUUUUAUUCACAGUCCCGGUUAUUCAUGCUAUGUUAUCGAAGGAAUGUCGAGUCACUGGGAAAAUACACAUUUUCUCUUUCUGUAUAACGAGCUAGUCAAAAAUAUGAUAACCUAUGUGUUAAAGUAUAUAUUAUAAUUGUCCCUAUGUAUAAAAUCCAGCAAUCGAUCUAUCUCUAUGUACAGUUCGCAUCAAAAUUACCGCACCAUUAAAAAUUGACUGACUUCCUCUUUUUUUUUAAUUACAAGCUUAUUCCAUUUCGUAGCGACACUAAGGCAGAAAUUUUUAUUGAAAUUUCAGUUUUCAGCAUAUGAAGGACGUAAGGGAAGAUAAGCACCCUAUGUGGUGCCCGUUACGAUAGCGAAUGUCGACUUGAAUCAAACUACGGUCUUAUUUUUUCUGAUAAAAAAAAAGAUUAUUGUGAGAAAGUAGAUUAAUUGUGAAAUUAAUGUCCAUUUUUAAUGGUACGUUAAUGUAUUUAUUAUGUCGAGUAUCAAGUACAAAAUUCCUUAUGAAACCUACUUCCAGAUCUGAUUUGACAUAUGAUUGAAUAUUCAGAAAAAUUUCUGGCUUGAAUAUUCUUUAGUAUUGUGAUUUAAGUUAUUUUAUUAAUUUUUUUAAUGUAAUUUAUAUAUAGACUAUACCAAAUUGGGUGUUCACUGUUGCUUACCUUUUCAUAGUAUAUAAAAACUCGGUAAUAUGAGACGUCUUAUUACCAAAAAACUUGAAAAUGGAAAUUAGAGAGAUAUUGCAGAAGUUCAUCGUUAUUGCCAAACAGCACGUAGUGUCCAUUAUUUGGAAUUAAGAACGAUUAAAGGUGUGUCCGAGGUCCGACUGAUCCUGAGCUUUAUCUAAUUUGUGCACAAGUAAAGUCGUGCGCUAUCCGCAAAAGGUUAUAAUUUAUCGUGCAUUACAUCUGCGCAUGCUCGAACAUCCAAACAUUAACGUUAUUAUGACACGAGAUUUGUAUAUGCAAUAUCUCUCAUUAUAGACAGAGAGAUUGGUGUCAAAAUUCCCCGUGAUCGGACUAAUGGCCAAUUUUGUUUUUAAUGUGUUGGUCGUAUGUUGAAUAACAGGGUUUCAGAGUUUGCUGACAUCCCUUGUGGGGCAGGGGUUGGGGGUGCAGGGGUAAAUACGAAAAUCGCCCCGUGAUCAAAUUAAUGUCAGCAACUCGUAAAAUAUAUUCUAGACCUCGGGGGUGUAAAAAAAUGAAAGUUGCUGACAGUUUAGUUGGGCCAGGGGCGUUUAAAAUGGGGUAAAAUGUACUACUUACCGAGUGCGGGAAAUGCGUAUAUCUCGAUUGCUUCUUCCUUAUUGUUGUUGUCGUUAUUAAUAUUAUUAUUAUAUAAAAUUGAAUUUUUUAU